AUGAGUUUUAUUAAGUUGGAACUUAGUCAAUUGAAUAAAUUACUAAAAAACAUGUUAACGACUACUAUUGAUUCGCCACAACAUAAAAGAGUCCUUCGAAGGAAGAAUAUCAGGAAGAAAGAGCCUUUAUUUGAUGAUAUUCGUGGAAUGUAUAAAUCGAAGGAAGACGUUAGGAGGAUAAAAAAGGCAAGGGAGAUACAUCUGGAAAUAAUCAAAUGUGCAAGGACUGUAAACGAUUGUUUUGGCAUACAUAUUUUAUUCUCUAUAUCAACAGCUUUAAUAUUAAUCACUAUUAUGUCUUACAAUAUAUUCGAUCUCUUAAAAACUACAAACGGUCUUCAACAAAUAUUACAAAAUUAUUCUUUUUUAUAUUGGGUAUUUCACUUUGCGAUCAAGAUCGUGAUAGUAAGUCAUGUAUGUGCACGAACUGUCACUGAGAAAUUUCAACCAAAGACUGAACGUAAUAUGUAUUGA